AUGGAAUCCACCCCGGCGGACGAGUACCCUUUCGUCUCCAUGGUGCUGAAUAAGGAGGCCGGGCCGCUGUGCACGGGCACGCUGGUGGGCAGCCGCACCGUGCUCACCGCCGCCUCGUGCGUGGCAGCUGGCGGCAGCCAGCCGGAGCCAGACCUUGUGUUUGUGGGCAUGAGCAACAUCUUCCUGGACCCAUUCAGGCGAGGAGCCGCUGAAGUGGUGGAUGGCAGGAGGCGCCCGGGCGACUAUGAGAUGCACCGGGUGGAGCGGGUAGUGGUGCACCCCGACUUCCAGGCCGAUGCCCCGCAGCAGAGCAGCAACCUGGCCCUGGUGGUACUGGAGAAGGCGAGCCGGGCAAAGCCGGUGGCGCUGCCAGGAGCCGCCUAUGCGUACCCAGGAAACGGCACGGCAGUCAUGGCGCUGGGCUUUGGCAGCAGGAGCGGCGACGGCUACUGGCCGCAGCUGCACGGGGAUGUGCUGGCGCUGCUGCCGCAGGACGAGUGUGACGGGCUGCAGGUGGCAUACGGGGCGGCGGCAUUCGGCAGCGGGCCAGGCGCCGGGCAGGCGCAGGCGUGCACAGCGCUCAGCCACAACUUCCGAGCCUGCGCCGCUGGCAACCUGGGCGCACCGCUGCUGCCGGCGGGGGGCGGCACGGCGGUGCAGCUGGGCCUGCUGGUCAGCGGCUUCUCGUGCAGCACCGACCCCUCGGUGGCCAGCGCCAGCAGCCCCGCGCUCUACACCUGGCUGCCGUGCCACGCCGACUGGCUGGAGGAGCAGCUGGCGGCGGCGGGGGAGUGA